AUGACUCGGGACCUCCAUACGGAUCUCCCUCAGGGUCCCGUAGAUCUGUUUCCUAUCUUUCUGAUUGACCGAUUUCCCUCGUUUCCAGCCCCGGUGUACGUUUUGCUCCAGGCGCUGUUUGACAAGCCACUAGAAACACAUACACUGCCGCUUCACCGAGCAGAGCUUCUGGGCUCUGAUUACCAUGCUUACAGAUAUCAGGCAUUGCCUUCACGGGUCGUCAAUCUCGAUUAA